AUGUGGCCGUCCUGCCCAGGAGUUAGUGAAGAUGCAGAGCACGUGUUCUUUGCGUGUCCUCGUUUCGACCUAUUACGCAGUACCUGGGCAGAGGCCCUUACGAAGAACACUCAGCCAGAGUUUUUGAUAGAAGCUAUGCUGUCAUCGGAGGCAGUAUGGCAGGCGACAAGCGCUUUUGCGACGGGAGUUCUUCAGGAACUCCGUCGGUUAGAAAGAAAGCGGUCGGAAAUCAAAACCCGUGACAUUAGCACGAUGGAAGAGCAUUAG